AUGAAUCCUCCGACAUUCUCGGGGGGAGCUGACCCUAUAGUUGCCAAAAAUUGGAUUCUAGAAAUUGAGAAAACACUGACGGUGCUCUACUAUAUUGAUGAUCAGGGGGUCCUCUAUGCCACAUAUAAGUUGAUGGGUGAUGUCGAGAGGUGGUGGACAACUGUGAGAUUAUUAGAGGAACAAAGACCCGUACCAAUAGCCAUGACUUGGAGCCGGUUCAAGAAGGUGGUCUUCGACCGAUAUUUCCCUGCCACUGUUAGAAUAGCUAAGGUGGACGAAUUCUUGAAUUUGAUGCAGGGGCAUCUGAUAGUCCAACAAUACGUGGCAAAUUUUAUUGAGCUGUCGUGCUUUGCCCCAUAUAUUGUCCCAAAUGAGGCGAAGAAGGAAAGAAAGUUUGAGAGAAGCCUGAGGCAAGAAAUCUAUAAACAGGUGGCAGUUCUGAAGGAGGAGGAUUUCUCAAAAUUGGCCGACGGAGCUACUGUAGUAGAGGUGAGCAGGCAAAGGGGUACUGGGAUACAGAGCUAG